GUCAGUCCACAGCUAGAAAAACAUGAUCCAGAGAAGAUCCUGCGCUUCUCUAACGAACACAGCCUGUGAUCAGAGCCGAACCCAGUGAUCCUCUCUGGCUCCCUGCUGAACUACUCCUCUCUCUCUCUGCCUCACACCUUCUCUGCCUCACUCUGUCUCUCUGCCCUGGAUCUCCAGAGCCAGAGAAUCAUGUGCGUUGACAGCGAUGGAUGCGAGAUCGAAGGCUGCAGCAGUUCGGAUGAGGUGCGCACUCUGUCGGGCAGGAUGAGCCCCGGGAUGAAAAGCAGUCCGGACCUUCACUCCUGCAAACCGGGCCAGAAAUUCCGCUCCGCGCUGCGCAGAUGCCGCUCACCGGCUGCGGCUGCGGGAAUCCUCACCUUUGGGAAUGUCCUCAAUUACAUGGACAGAUACACGGUGGCUGGUGUUCUGCUCGACAUCCAGCAGCACUAUGGGGUUACUGACAGCGGAGCCGGCUUGCUGCAAACAGUUUUCAUCUGCAGCUUCAUGGUCGCUGCUCCCAUCUUCGGUUACCUGGGCGACCGCUUCAACAGAAAGGUCAUCCUGAGCUGUGGCAUUUUCUUCUGGUCUAUUGUGACCCUAAUGAGCUCGUUCAUCAGCAAAGAGUACUACUGGCUCUUUGUGCUCUCCAGAGGACUUGUGGGCAUCGGUGAGUCCAGCUACUCCUCCAUCUCUCCCACCAUCAUAGGCGACCUGUACACGAAUAACAGCCGGACCAUGAUGCUCUCUGUCUUCUACUUGGCCAUCCCCCUGGGAAGUGGCUUGGGUUACAUUCUGGGCUCCGGUGCCAAGGACGCUGCUGAGGACUGGCACUGGGCAUUAAGGGUGUCCCCGUUCCUGGGGAUCAUUGUGAGCGCUCUGAUUAUGCUCUUUGUGCCGGAGCCAAAGAGAGGCAGUGCGGAUCAGAUGGAAGGACGCAUCAAGGCCUCGCCGUCGUGGAUCAGUGACAUGAAGGCCCUCGCUAAGAACCGGAGCUAUGUGUUCUCAUCUCUGGCAUCGGCGGCAGUGUCCUUUGCCACAGGUGCGUUCGGAAUGCUGAUUCCCAUCUACCUGUACCGAGCGCAGGUGGUGCAGAAGACAGUAGAACCCUGCACGAAAAAAGUUUGCAGCAGCAAAGACAGCCUGAUCUUUGGAGCGAUCACCUGUGUGACGGGCCUGCUGGGUGUGGUCAUCGGAGCCGCCACCACGCACUUCUGUCGCAAGAAGACAGAGCGAGCCGACCCACUGGUGUGCGCCGUCAGCAUGCUGGGCUCUGCCAUCUUCAUCUGCCUCAUCUUUGUUGUAGCCAAAAGCAGCAUCAUUGGAGCUUAUGUUUGCAUCUUCAUUGGAGAGACGCUGCUCUUCCUAAACUGGGCCAUUACAGCAGACAUUUUAAUGUUUGUGGUUAUCCCCACGCGGAGAGCAACAGCCGUUGCCUUUCAGAGCUUCAUCUCUCAUCUCCUGGGUGAUGCUGGGAGUUCGUACCUGAUAGGCCUGAUCUCCGAUGAGAUCCAGAAGAGCUAUGCUUCAUCUGAAAUCUGGAAGUUCCUUAGUUUGGGCUAUGCCCUCAUGCUGUGUCCCUUCAUCAUCGUCCUGGGGGGCAUGUUUUUUCUGGCUACGGCGCUGUUUUUCCUGGACGACCGGGAGAAGGCCGAAAAGCUAAAGAAGUUGAUGCUACAACCUCCACCUUCUUCAGUCAAGGUAUGACCAGGUGAUUACCAGGCGAGGACCUAUCUGCACAGACGUCUAAAGGAAAGAAAAGGAAGCCUUCCAUUGUCCGUCCUCUACAAUCCUCCCGCUCCUAUCGGCUCCUGCUGCUCCUACGUUUAUGGGGGAUUUACCCUCUAGUGGAGGCAACUCAGAACUGGAAAGAGGGAGCGUCUUGCUCCUCAUUGAACCCUCUGGCGAGGAAGUUGCUCUCUGUGGGACAGAGAGCAUCUCAGCUACAGUCUGCGAGGAGCCACUGAACCUUCCAGGGAGGCGACGUCCACAGCCCUCCUGGCUUUUGAUGCCAUACUACUGAAUGCUGACCAUGAACCUGCCCUGUCGUUCUGCCUGCCUGCUGCCUACCUGCCUGCCUGCCUGCUUGCUCACCCAACAGUAUGUCUCUUGUUUGUCCGUCUGCACUCCCCCCCUCCAUCGGCUGUUAGUCUGCACCAAGUGCCAUAGCCUCAUUACAUUCCUAUAGACUUUGCACUGACCGCCAACACUCAUCCUGACUUCCUCAGUGACUAUGUUUACAUGCACCCGACACCUUUUCCAGGCAAAACUCUUCAAGUUUCUAUCAGUUAUCCAGACUUUCCUUUAAACUCACUCCGUUUGCGAUUAGUUAGACGACUUUAUUUGACUGAACGUGGCUUUAAUGCUAUUCUGCCCCCCUUAAUCACAGUAUUAACAUAACAGUUCCUGUUAGAGAUAAAUGCAGUGUUCUCCUGAUUAAUUAAGCCGUGCAUGUAAACAUAACAGUCGCUAAGAGCCAAAAAAAGUGUUACUGUUUAGAGGUCAGUGAAUCAGCCUUAAGAACAGAAGCUUUCGACCACCUGCAGAUGUUUCCUUUGAGUCCCUGCCCUCGUACAUAUUUUCCUUUGAGCUUUUAGCACUUAAACGAGUGCAGACGGUGCCAGAGAACUUGAUGGAUGUGAGAGCUUUCUGCACAUUAUUAUUAUUUCUUUUUUUUAGCUGUUAUUCUUUUUUCCUCCUGUGUGUGUUAGUGUAAUGUUGAAGUGUAAUACUGGAGGUUGCUGCCGAUUUCAGAAGGAUCAUGAUGCUGUUCGGGUGACCUGAAGCAGACACUGGAUUUUAAGUUUGUUUUUUUGUAAUUUAUUGUUUUCCUGUUUAUAUAUGCUAUUCCCAAAAGAAAAUGGAAAGCUACUCUUUGGACUUGAACUGAGGGACGCCCGUGUUUCAUGUAGACGAGAAGCAAUACAAAAACGGUUUUUGGUGGUUUUUUUCAGAGAAAACCAAACCAAGCGUUUUCUCUUCUUACUGCCUUAUCAGCAAGCUGCUUUCCCUUUAGAUUGGGGGAGCUUUCUGAUGGUUGGUUUUGAGUUUCUGGACACAAAAGGCAGCCAUACAUGGACGCCGUGGCUUUUAAUGAAGGGCUCCAAUCCAGUCCUGGAGAGUUACAAUAACAGGCAUUGUGAACGGAGAUCCCCCCCCCAUAAUGCACCUCUAGAUAUAUGAUCCCCCAUUUCUGCAGAGAGAACCUUUGCUGGCGAGAUAACCAUUAUAAUAAUUAGUGAUUGGAAUCAAACAUCCGAUACAGAGACAGGAAGACCUUCAGCAUCAGGUCAGAUUUGCAUCUUGGUUUUUGUGUUUGGAAGCUUCCACAGAUCAAAUGUCUUCACUGGAGUUAAAAUCCAGGCCAACUCCAAACUCCCUCUGCAGAAUAGGAGGGAAUCAUUUUUCGAUACGAUAUAAAACACGAUAAAUGUGUCACCACACAAUUGAUCCUGAUAUAUUGACAAAGAUGAUAUAUUGUGAUUUUUUUUGUACUAAUAUAGCUCUAGAAAACCUUACAAGGUCUUGUUUUUCGCUGCUCCUGGAGCAGCUGAUUAACAGGUUAUUGGACGAUUUGCUGCCAACUACUGGUAGGAAGUUAAACAGGUAUUUAAAAGAACGACAAUGACAUAGAAGUUUACAUAUGAAUAUAUCUUACCUUCCAAAUCCAUUCGGUCGUUUUUUGAAUCAACACUAACUUUUUAAAGAAACUUGUAUUUUUGAAUCAGUAUAAAUAUAUUAAAAUGAAAUAUCUCGAUAUUUGAUAGAAUCGAUUUAUUUCUAAAUGCAGAAGGAUCCAAACGUUUGCAGAUGAAAAAACGGCUGUUUAAACUGGAGAUGGAUCCUAAAAAUUUGGUUGAUUUAAAAUAGGAUCCACAGAAAUUUGACUGAUCAGCUCAAAACAUGUCAAAUAAUAUGACUACCUACCAGUAUGUAUGUUUAAAGAUACCAGAGUUGAGGCAAGGUUCAGGGUUUGAGAGCUAUUUUACUACUGCACUACCUGAGAUAUAAAAAAAAAAAAAUCUGAUUUUAAAAAUCCCAUUCAGUGCUGUUUCACAGUAAUCAUACAAAUCCUCAAGUUUUAACCCUCAAAGAAAAACAAUAACCAUAAUUGGGAAUCGGUCUGCAAAAAUUCUGAUCAGUGCAUCUCUAAUUUAUACACUUUUAUUUUCUCAUUAUAUUAACUGAAUUUGACCCUAAAUGUAUCUGUGAGGACUUGAUAUAUUUUGAAGAUCACACCGUUAAUCAAAGAUGGGAACCGUUUCCCUCCAACGCUUCAAAACUUUCACAUAGAGUCAAAGACCCUUUGGAGAAAACAGGAAAAGGAUGGGCCGGGGUUUCCGUGGUGAUGCGUGACUGUCUGACCACGCGUGGGCUGCCGUGUGGAUCGGAUCAUUAGCUUUAGUUUCUCUCCAGCUGCGUGGAGCUCUCUGAAUGUGAUUGUGUCCAGCCUGCCGUGUUUACACACCUUCAUCUUCUUAAUGAACUAAGCUUCUCACGUUCUUACGUUUAUACGAUUUCUUGUCUUUUUGAUGUUACCAAAUACGUUUUUUUAACAACUACAACAGAUAAAUAUAUAUAUAUAUAUAUAUAUAUAUAGUAAGAGAGAAAGCUAUAUCAUGCAGUAACUUUAAUAUAUUGUAUAAAUGAUGGCCUGAAUGCAAUGUAUUUAUUUGUUUCCAUAAUGAAGAAUAUUCUGUAAAGGGAAAUGUAUGGUUUUGAAUAUACAACACUUUUUGUGUCAUUUUUGUUUUUUUAAAUGCCAAGUAGUUCACCUUAUGUGUAUCACUAUUAAUCAACACAGUACCUUCACUCAUCACUAAGGAUCAUCCUGUUAACUGUGAUCAUUAAUCAGACAUCUCAUAUAUAAACAGAACAAAACUCAAUGUGAGCCUUUUGUUUUAAGCAGCCUGACGGAAGCAGGCAAUGCUUUUAAAUUCAUGUUUGUAGUGUUUCCUUUUUCUGUUAGAUGAACUGAUCAAACCGUUUUGCACACUUUAAUGUUCAGGGAAUUGUUUGAACCACAUCCUGGCAUCGUCUUUACAAACCUCUGUCACAGGGGGACGUCUUCAUAUCCACAGUAAGUGCUAACUUUGAGCCGCCGUGCGUAGAAGGAACGGCUCAGGAACCGAGUUUCACUUUGCCAAAACUGAGUUGAUUUAGCACCAAUUUUAUAGCCUGUUGCAACGACUUAUGCUAAAUUAAUGAUCACUGAGGUGAUGCAUUAAGUAUUUGCUCUUUCUUGUUAUACAAGAAUCCUGUACAAAGAGAUGUAUUUCUGACCUUGAGCAGAAAACAGAUUUUAUUUUUGUUUUUAGUCUGUAGAGCUAAGCGUCAGAGUAAUCAGAGGAUUUACUUUUGGAAAAUGAACUGUGAUGGUCUCGUCAGGAGGGGUAGCAAGACAGUGCAUUUGGUGACUUGUUGAUAAAAGGAAAAAAAAUGUUUAAAAAAAUGUCUGUAAAUCAAAUAAACCUAUUU